CAACAGGCAAAACUUUAUCGAUAAUUAACUCGCUUAAAAAAUGACUAACCAAGAUUCAGCAUUAAGAAAAUCGUUUAAGUUAGACGAAUUCUUCUUGAAUUUGAAUGGACUCUUACCUGGAGAAAAAUAUAAAUUAUUGUAUUCGUUUUACUCAUUUGGAAUGUUGCUGGUUUACAUAAUUAUGAUACCGAUUUUGGGUUAUGUGGAAAUUUUCUUGGCUGAACCCAGUAGACGAGUAAAUAUGGUGGACAAGAGUUUUGUUUACUUGGAAAUUUUCGUUUCUGUAUUUAAACAUUGGCCGUUUAUCACCAAACCAGCCCGAACUAAAAGGUUACUCAACCGAUGGAACGAAAGUAUUUUCAAUACUGCUGUGGAAAUUGAUGAACACAUCGUUCAAGAUUCUAUUCGAUACCGUGUAUUUGUGGUUCAAAUAUAUUUUCUCAGUGGUGUUAUAUCUGUCUCGGUGCUUUUGAUAUCCAGCAUAUUUUCAUUCAAUGAUCGUGAAUUGAAAUUGCCCAUUUGGUUACCCGAUCAAGUUUCAAAUAAUACGUUUUUCUAUGUUAUCGCUAAUAUAUACAUCAUAACAGGUUACACACAUGCAUUUUUCGGACAUGCUUCUACAGAUAGUCUCUUACAAACAUACCUAUUAUAUUGUGCAACGCAACUUAGGCUCAUUAAGUUCAAAUUAAAGAACAUACAUAAGUAUUUCAAAAAAGUGGCAACAUCAGAAGAUUCUCAUAAAACAACUAUCGAAGGUUUGCCACAGAAGAAAAUUUACGAUCAAAUUGUCCAGUGCAUUAAAGUGUACGAGGCUGUAAAUGGGUACGUCCAAGAGAUGGAAAAUAUGUAUUCCGUUGGUAUAUUUAUGCAAUUGAUUGUUGUAUCAUUGAUAUUUUCUAUUUGUGCAUAUAAUUUAACAAAUGUAUCAUCAUUUUUAUAUGCAAUAUAUAUUUUGUCCUUUACUAUACCCAUGGUGAUAACAAUGUAUGCGUUCUGUUAUACUGGAGCUCUUUUAAUUGAAGAGAGUACAUCAAUAGCAGACGCUGUUUUUAAAAGUCGCUGGUACACCUUUGAUAACAAAAACAAAAAAUUACUUUUAACUUUUAUAGAAAGAACAAAAAAACCUAUUAAGCUUAAAGCUGGUAAAUUAGUCGAUUUAUCAUUGGAAACAUUUGUUAUCAUUAUGAACCGAUCCUAUUCACUACUUGCUGUGCUUAAAAAUGUCUAUUGAAUUCACAUAAAAUAAAACUAUACCGAAUCCACGACGAUUGAAGAAUAAACACAAUGUGCAAGAAAAUUGCAGCUUUUACUAUUAUAUUUCAGUUUCCAGCUUUAACUUAUAGUUAGUUCUCGUCAUUUAUUCCAUGCUUGUUUAGAGAGAUAGAUCAAAAAAUAUUAGGUAAAAGAUAUUUCACCAAAAAUUAUAAAUGUUUAAUAGUCACUUCAAAAUACCUUUAUAACAAGCUCUACUGUAUUUUUGUUAGCUUGUAAUUGUAUACACUACGAAUGCAAAGUAUUAAAAUUCAUAGUUAGCCAAUAUUCU